UUCCGAAAUUGGUUUUGUUCGUCUCUAUCCAAUUAAACGAUUUUUGUGUCGAUCGAAUCGAUUCUCUCUCUCUCUUGUUGAUGGAAAUUCCGGCGAAGAAAUUGAGGAUUUCGUACUCCGAUCCGGACGCUACAGACUCAUCUUCCGACGAAUCCGACGCGGAGAGGAAGGAGCCGAAGAGGAUAGUCCACGAGGUGUUUUUGCAGAAAUUUGGGAAGAAUUCGGUGCGGCGGAGGUUCGUCGGCGUGCGGCGGCGGAAGUACGGCAAGUACGCGGCGGAGAUUAGAGAUCCGUUCGAGAAGAGGCGUGUUUGGCUGGGGACUUUUACGACGGCGGAGGAGGCCUCGAAUGCGUACCUUUUGAAGAAGUUUGAAAUUGGGGAGAAGAUGAAGGCCAAACACGGCUUACCGGAGAAGUCAUCGUCCAGACGAGAUUCUCCGUCGUCGGUGCUUGAAAUUGGCGCCCUGGAGUUUUCCGAUGAGUCCGGCGGCGGUGGUGGUUCGGGUAAGGCACCGGAAUCGUGCGGUGAGUCUGGAUGAUUCUAGAUGGUGGACACGUGUCGGCUUGCUAUUGAAGCGUCGUUUGUGUGUUGAUUUGUGUUGUACCGUACUAGUUUCAGGUUCUUCUUUUCUGUAUAUUAUUAAGAAAAUGUAACACUGACUUUGGUACAUAAUCAUAAUGUAAAUAUUUGUAGAACCAAAACAUUGACAACAAAAUACUUUCUAAA